UUUUGACUUCCUUCAAUUCCACUUUUCCCAACAUAAACAAAUUCACACAAUUUACAAAUACUAACCCUUGAUUCUAGGAUUCAUUAGUACUACUAUUUUUUGUUUAUCCCCAAAAUAUGGAUGGUUCAGCUCAGCAAACGGACACGAUGAUGUCGGAUGCGGCGGCAGACCAUCAUCAGCAACCACCUCCGCCGCCGCAACCGGUGCCCGGGAUCGAUAAUAUUCCGGCGACGUUGAGCCAUGGUGGCAGAUUCAUUCAAUACAACAUCUUUGGUAAUAUAUUUGAAGUUACUGCUAAGUAUAAGCCUCCUAUUAUGCCUAUUGGUAAAGGUGCUUAUGGCAUCGUUUGUUCUGCUUUGAACUCGGAGACAAAUGAGCAUGUAGCGAUUAAGAAAAUUGCUAAUGCUUUUGAUAACAAGAUUGAUGCCAAGAGGACUUUGAGAGAGAUCAAGCUUGUUCGGCAUAUGGAUCAUGAAAACAUUGUUGCGAUCAGAGAUAUAAUUCCACCACCACAGAGAGAAGCCUUUAAUGAUGUUUAUAUUGCGUAUGAGCUUAUGGAUACUGAUCUCCAUCAAAUUGUUCGCUCGAAUCAGGGUUUAUCUGAGGAGCAUUGCCAGUAUUUCUUGUAUCAGAUCCUCCGUGGGUUGAAAUACAUACAUUCUGCAAAUGUUUUGCACAGAGACUUAAAGCCUAGCAAUCUUCUCUUGAAUGCCAACUGUGAUUUAAAGAUAUGUGAUUUUGGGCUAGCUCGUGUCACUUCUGAAACUGACUUUAUGACCGAAUAUGUUGUGACAAGAUGGUAUCGUCCACCUGAACUGUUGUUGAAUUCAUCCGACUAUACUGCAGCAAUUGAUGUAUGGUCAGUGGGUUGCAUCUUCAUGGAAUUGAUGGACAGAAAACCCCUGUUUCCUGGCAGAGAUCAUGUACACCAGCUGCGUCUUAUUAUGGAGUUGAUUGGCACUCCUUCAGAGGCUGAAAUGGAGUUCUCAAAUGAGAAUGCAAAACGAUACAUACGACAACUUCCUCUUUACCAUCGACAAUCAUUUACUGAGAAGUUCCCACAUGUAAAUCCAGCUGCUAUUGAUCUUGUCGAGAAAAUGUUGACAUUUGAUCCGAGAAGGAGAAUAACAGUUGAAGACGCUCUUGCACAUCCUUACCUAACAUCGCUCCAUGAUAUUAGUGACGAGCCCAUUUGCACGACUCCUUUUAGCUUCGAUUUUGAACAACAUGCCCUUACGGAGGAACAGAUGAAGGAGCUGAUUUACAGGGAGUCUAUUGCAUUUAAUCCUGAAUACCAGCGGAUGUGAAUAAUCGCUGGUAGAUUAUUGCCGGGUCUGAUCUACAUGUUAUGUGUAACUGACAAUUUAUCCCUCCAUGUAUAUAUGUGUGCAUUCCGUCCGGGAACAUGGAUGAUUUUCUUAUGCAAACGCUUAGUUAUAAAGCUGAUUUAUGCAUGAAGAGUUGUUUGAUGUAUCUUAUGAGGUGGAUCGCUUGUAUGGUCUCUGUUUUAUUUUGACUGAAAUGAAACUCUGGUGGACGAUGUCUGUAUCAGAUGUAAUCCUAUCGUCAUUGACAUUCUUAUUUCUUUGCCAAUAGUCGAUCAAUUUCAUGCUUUGUUUUUGUUCCA